ACGGCACAGUUUAAUGUGGAACAUUUCUCAGGGAUGCACAACUGGUACGCCUGCUCCCACGCACGGCCCACCUUCUGCAACGUGUGCAAAGACAGCCUGUCGGGGGUCACGUCCCACGGCCUCUCCUGCGAAGUGUGCAAAUUCAAAGCCCACAAACGCUGCGCAGUCAGAGCCACUAACAACUGCAAAUGGACGACUCUGGCUUCUAUAGGGAAGGAUAUCAUAGAGGACGAGGAUGGGAUUGCGAUGCCUCACCAGUGGUUGGAAGGAAACCUGCCUGUCAGUGCCAAGUGUGCCGUGUGUGAUAAGACGUGUGGCAGCGUGCUGCGGCUGCAGGACUGGCGCUGCCUCUGGUGCAAAGCCAUGGUGCACACAGCCUGUAUGGACAUUUACCCUCGAAAGUGUCCUCUGGGUCAGUGCAAAGUGUCCAUCAUCCCCCCCACUGCGCUCAACAGCAUCGACUCUGAUGGCUUCUGGAAGGCCACCUGCCCCCCCUCCUGUGCCAGCCCCCUCCUGGUCUUUGUGAACUCUAAAAGUGGAGACAACCAGGGAGUGAAGUUCCUGCGGCGCUUCAAGCAGCUCCUCAACCCGGCGCAGGUCUUUGACCUCGUCAACGGGGGGCCGCACCUCGGUCUGCGCCUGUUUCAGAAGUUUGAUAACUUCCGGAUCCUGGUGUGUGGAGGAGACGGCAGCGUGGGCUGGGUCCUCUCAGAGAUCGACAAACUCAACCUCCACAAACAGUGCCAGUUGGGGGUCUUGCCGUUGGGCACGGGGAACGACCUGGCUCGGGUGCUGGGCUGGGGGCCGUCCUGUGACGACGACACGCAGCUGCCCACCACCCUGGAGAAGCUGGAGAGAGCCAGCACCAAGAUGCUGGACCGCUGGAGCAUCAUGACCUACGAGAUCAAGAUCCCCCCCAAACACAGCUGCCCCACCACGCCUGAAGGACCCGACAACUGCCAGUUUCACAUCUCAGCCUACGAGGACUCAGUAGCUGCUCACCUCACGAAGAUCCUCAACUCUGAGCAGAACUCUGUGGUCAUCUCCUCCGCCAAGAUCCUGUGUGAAACAGUGAAGGAUUUUGUUGCCAAAGUGGGGAAAGGCUACGAGAAAACGACAGAGAACACGGAGGAGUGCGACACCAUGUCUCUCAAAUGUGCCAUCCUGAACGAGAAGCUGGACUCCCUCCUGCAGACCCUGAACACAGAGAGCCAGAUCUCUGCCCUCCCUCACGCCACUCCCCCCAUCGUGGAGGAGGAGCAGGAGGAAGAGGAAGAAGAAGAGGAGGAGGCGAGCGAGGAGAGCCUGACGGAGCUGAAGGAGAAGCUGGAGGAGGUGGAGACGGAGAAGGGGAGACGCUCCGCUCCUCAUCAGCUGUUCAAGAGUCGCGAGCAGAUGAUGCUGAGGGCCAACAGCCUGAAGAAGGCUGUGAGGAGGAUCAUCGAGCAGGCUGAGAAAGUGGUGGACGAGCAGAACGCCCACUCUGAGGACUCGGAGCUGCCGUCUCCUCUGGAGUACAGGAAGUUCAGCGAGGACGAGAACAGAGAGAGCGAGAAGGACGAGGACACCAAGGAGCUGGAGGCCGUCACAUCUGCUAAGAGUCCUUGUUCUCCAGAGGACAGGAAGGUGAGUCGCAGCACUCAGGCGUACGGCUCCUUCACCAUCACCCCCUUCACCACCAGCAAGGAGAACCUCCCGGUGCUCAACACACGCAUCAUCUGCCCCGGUCUGCGGGCGGGUCUGGCUGCCUCCAUCGCCGGCAGCUCCAUCAUUAGCAAGAUGCUGCUCGCUAACAUCGACCCGUUCGGAGCGACGCCCUUCAUCGACGACCUCGACUCCCUAGAGGGCUACAUGGAGAAGUGUGUGAUGAACAACUACUUCGGUAUCGGCCUGGAUGCUAAAAUCUCUCUGGAGUUCAACAACAAGCGAGAGGAGCAUCCAGAGAAAUGCAGGAGUCGCACUAAGAACAUGAUGUGGUACGGUGUUCUGGGAACUAAGGAACUUCUGCAGAGAACCUACAAGAACCUGGAGCAGAAGGUCCAGCUGGAGUGUGACGGUCAGUACAUCCCCCUCCCCAGCCUGCAGGGCAUCGCAGUUUUAAACAUUCCCAGCUACGCAGGAGGGACCAACUUCUGGGGCGGUACCAAGGAGGACGACAUCUUCUGUGCCCCCUCUUUCGAUGAUAAGAUCCUGGAGGUGGUGGCUGUGUUUGGGAGCAUGCAGAUGGCCGUGUCCCGAGUCAUCAAGCUGCAGCACCACCGCAUCGCACAGUGUCGAACAGUGAAGAUCACCAUCCUGGGAGAUGAGGGCGUUCCCAUCCAGGUGGACGGGGAGGCGUGGAUUCAGCCGCCUGGAGUCAUCAAGAUCCAACACAAGAACCGGGCCCAGAUGCUCACCAGAGACCGG